AUGGAUUCAGAUAAACCCUGUGUAGAGAUGUGUGAGCAGGGACCCCCGCUGGGCCCUGCCUGUAAGAGGCCGCUCAGCCGAUGUGUGCGGAAAAAGCUGAGACCUUUACGAAUCGUGGGCUUGCUCUUCAGCCUUCUGGCCCUAAGUGCUGUCUCCCUCAGUGCCUUGAGCUGGACUUCAGGUGGCCUCAAUGAUCCAGCACUGCCUCCACACAGUCUGAGUCAGACAGCCCCCCACAGGACUCUACUUUUCACCCAAAACCAGAGGGACCCCAAUGUAUCAGUGGACAUGCCAAUAGCCAUGAAAUCUACAGCCAAUACCAAUCAUAGCCAAGGUGAUUACCCACCGGACCUCUUCUCCAUGGCCAUGAGGCGUCAGGGCGCUGUGGUCCUUCACAUGUUUGGCAUGAUCUACAUGUUCAUAGCCUUAGCCAUAGUGUGUGAUGAGUUUUUUGUCCCAGCACUGACAGUUAUCACAGAGAAACUGGCCAUCUCUGAUGACGUAGCAGGAGCCACCUUCAUGGCUGCAGGUGGCUCUGCCCCAGAGCUCUUCACCUCCAUCAUAGGAGUGUUCAUCUCACACAGUAACGUCGGCAUAGGGACCAUCGUGGGCUCUGCUGUUUUCAACAUUCUCUUUGUCAUCGGGAUGUGUGCCAUUUUCUCCAAGGAGAUCCUAAACCUGACCUGGUGGCCGCUCUUCAGAGAUGUAUCCUUCUACAUCCUGGACCUUAUAAUGCUUAUCAUCUUUUUCUUGGAUAACAUCAUCUCUGUGUGGGAGAGCAUCUCACUGCUGUCCGCGUACGCUGCCUACGUCAUCUUCAUGAAGUGCAACACGAAAGUGGAGGGCUUUGUCAAAGACUGCAUGAACAAGAACCAAGUGGUGGAGGUGGAAGUGCAGCCCAAGGAUGAGAAGGCGAGUCCCGGGGCUCCUGAGGACGACACCAAGCUGUCGGCACGACCUCGACUCCAGAGAGGAGGGAGCUCAGCCUCUUUACACAACAGUCUGAUGAGAAACAGCAUCUUCCAGCUCAUGAUCCACACACUGGACCCUUUAAGUGAAGAAUUUGCUGACUCUGAGCUUGGGACUUAUGGGAAACUAAAAUAUUAUCACUCAAUGACUGAAGAAGGUAAAUUCAGAGAGAAGGCGUCCAUUCUGCAUAAGAUUGCUAAAAAGAAAUGCCAAGUGGAGGACAGUGAGAAGGCCAAUGGGGUUGCGAGUCGUGCAGAAAAUAACCUUCCGAACAGCUCCAGCGUCGAAGUGGAGGUCACCCCACCCAUGAAUGGAACAGCUGGCCAAGAAGGAGAAACGGCAGAGGAGGAGGAGGAGGAAGACCAGCCCCUGAGCCUGUCCUGGCCCGAGUCCAACCGCAAGCGCUUCACCUACCUCUUCAUCAUGCCCAUUGUCCUCCCGCUGUGGCUCACGCUGCCAGACGUCAGGAAACCGACUUCAAAGAAAUUCUUCCCCGUCACUUUUCUGGGUUCCAUCUGCUGGAUCGCAGGAUUCUCCUACCUGAUGGUGUGGUGGGCACACCAGGUUGGAGAGACGAUUGGGAUUACCGAGGAGAUUAUGGGUCUGACUAUAUUAGCAGCUGGAACCUCUAUCCCUGACCUCAUCACUAGUGUUAUUGUUGCACGCAAAGGCCUCGGUGACAUGGCUGUAUCCAGUUCUGUAGGCUCCAAUAUCUUUGACAUCACCGUUGGACUCCCAUUCCCGUGGUUACUGUGGUCCUCUGUCAAUGGUUUCAUUCCAGUCCAGGUCAGCUCCAAAGGUCUCUUCUGCGCCAUCGUGCUGCUCUUCCUCAUGCUGCUCUUCGUCAUCAUCUCCAUCGCCGCGUGCAAGUGGCGCAUGAGCAAACUGUUGGGCUUCAUUAUGUUCAUGCUGUACUUUGUCUUCCUGGUGGUCAGUGUCAUGCUGGAGGAUAAGAUCAUCCCCUGCCCCGUGUCCAUUUAA